AGAAACAUUAAAUCAAAAACACUUAACUACUAGAAGUUUAUUAAACAAACCAUCCAUUCAAAAUGCGAUCUCACGAACACCGUCUUAUUGGGGCAGCUAAGAACAUUCCCGUCAACCCUCAAACUCCUGUCUUUUCGUUCAGCCCUAUCGUUCUGCCCUUCUCAGACCGACCCCUUGACUUGGACUUGAAAGUUACAGCCCCUGCAACUGGCGAUGCUCUUCCAAUAAUCCUGCUCUCUCACGGCCAAGGCCGAAGCAACAACCUUAACUCCUUGGAGGGCUACACCCCUCUUGCUGAAUUCUGGGCUGCACAUGGGUUUGUAGUGAUUCAGCCUACUCACUUAUCCUCUCUAUCAGUCACUGUUGAGGCACCCCCCAAAGGCAACGAGUACUAUUGGAAAGACCGUGCCCAGGACCUAGUCAGAAUUCUCGACGAGAUUGACACUAUUGAGGCAGCUGUCCCUGGACUAAAGGGGCGGUUGGAUAAGACCAAGGUCGCCGUCGCGGGACACUCCCUUGGGGCAUGGACAGCAAGUCUGGUUUUAGGCGCCAAGAACAUCGACUCACACGACGGGACCCCCUUUGAGAAGUUCGAGAAACGCAUCAAGGCCGGGGUAUUACUUGCCGGCACGGGAGCCGCGGGCGAGGACCUUUCAGAUACAGGGCGUCUCAUGGUUCCCUUCUACGGGCCUGACUUCAGCGAGAUGAAGACGCCAGCUCUUGUUGUAUGUGGAGACCAAGACGUGAGCCCGCAAAUAACAACUCGCGGUGCCGAUUGGCAUGCAGACAGCUAUUACCUCUCUCCAGGUCCCAAAGACCUUUUGUGGCUCAAGGGGGGAAAGCACGGGCUUGGGGGUAUAAGUGGUUGGGAUUCAGGGGAGACGCAGGACGAGAGUCCCCAACUCCUGGCGGCAGUUCAGAGAUUGACAUUGGCAUAUCUGAGAAGUGCACUCUACGGGGAUAACUCUUGGGACAAGGCCCGUGAUGCAUUGAAGCAGCUUGGUGAGCUGGGUACAGUUGAGAGUAAAUGAUGAGUAAAGAUAAGUCGGCUCGGUUUUAACGAGUUGGUUCUAAGAACUGUCGAUUCUGUACCUAGGUAUCUAGGUAAUCUGCAGGACUCACAUCUUCAUUACUACAAUUGUAUAGAAAUCUAAGCUAUCUCCUCUCUA